GUUUCUGCCGCGCACGGAGAAGACCGUGCGGAAUAAAGUCAGAACUCCAGACGUUUUGUGUGCAUACAGUGUAGAGGGGAAAAAACUUCAUCGGAGAAGUUCUCGAAACCAGCCCACAUUUAUUAGUACUCGCGUUAAUCUAAAGAGUUUUUUACGAUUCUGACACUUUUCAGUACCGAUGGUUAUAUAAAAAAGUGACGAAGAAAUGGAGCUAUAAGCGUAGGACGUUAAGCAAUAGAGGAAUUAGUAUUUUAUCGGGCUAAUAACGUUAGUGUGGCGACAGUUCAGAGGCGGUUUUCUCCUGGUACGUUAACGUUAGCUGUUGUGACGGAUCGACAGCGAGGAAAUACUACAGCAACGACCCAGAGAGGAUUGUUUUUUGGAACAGUGUCUUCGGUGUUCCCCGUCCUCGGUUUGCUGUUGCUAAAGUUGCCCGGCGAUAAGGUGCAGCCACGCCGGGGGGAAGCACGGCGCGACGGCCGCUACUCCGGCUAGCUCGCUUGCUGCUUCUGUUUCUUGGAUCGAGGCCUUGUCGGUGAGGCGACAAUGCUUGACAUAAUGUCUGAGCACCAAGAUUCACUGUUGACGUGCAAAACGGAACCUCUGGCCCCAGAGAGGAAAAAGAGGACUGUAGAGGACUUCAACAAGUUCUGUAGCUUUGUCCUGGCUUAUGCUGGCUACAUCCCCAGUCCGAAAGAGGAAAGUUCAUGGUCCCCAACAUCUUCCAGCUCUGCACACAGUUCAGGGUUGUCAGCAGAUGGAGGUGGUGGAGGCAGCAGCUCCACAGGCAAUGCUUGGGCAGAUGGGACCUCCGACAUCCACACUAUCCAUACAUUUGUCCGCAAAGCUCGAGCAAAUAAGGGCAAAAAUAUUCGCCGCAUGCACUCUGAUAGCACUCUGCUGGACAAGAUGCGCCUUAAAGACUCCUUGUUUGAGAGCCAGGCCAGCUCAAAGGCAGAGCGCAAGAAGGACAAAAAACUGAAAAAGUUGUCACUGGGUUCUGCCAUGACGGCGGCAGAUAGUGGCAGUAGUGAAGGCGAGAAAAGAGCCCGCAUUAAACGCAGCAAAAACUCAAAACAGCCAAAAGCGAAGAAGCUCAAAAGUUCGUCCGCCCAAAGUGAGACCGACUCUGAGGCACGGCAUACGCAUACAGAGGUACGACCCAGCAGAGAGGAGCUGGCUGUGCACGGAGGCUCCCCCUCAAGCAUGCAGGGCCUGGGGAAGAUGCAGCCAGACGAGUCCAUGAGGGAAGCAGAGAUGAGUUCCAGUGAGGGUGAGACCUGGAUUGCUGAUGAAGACAUUAUGGUGGAGUCAGGGGAUGAUUCAUGGGACUUGAUCACCUGUUACUGUGGGAAGCCAUUCGCAGGGCGGCCAAUGAUCGAGUGCAACCAGUGUAGCAUAUGGGUGCACUUGUCAUGUGCGAAAAUCAAGAAGUCCAACGUUCCUGACAUCUUUUACUGCCACAAGUGCAGGGACUUGCGGCGGUCAGGUCACAAAAAAGACACCUAGAGUGGAACAGGGUGGGAGGGAUAUGGAACACCCACCCCCCUUUUGCUGUUCUCUGACACUUGUUUUCUUUGAUGCCUACAGCCAAAACAGCCUAAAUUAUCACCUGGAUUGGAAUUGUAUUGUCACUUUGUAGGGUUUCUUUUGACAAUCGCAACCAUUCUUAUUUAUCCCUCAUUUUGUUUUUGUUUUUUGUUUGUUUUUUUUAAUUUUCUUCUUUGGCUACUACAAAGAACUGGACAGAAGACAAUGGUGACAGUGGAGAAUCAUUUAUGUUACUAAUUAAUUCCUUUAUUAAUUGGCUUUACUGUUGUAUACUGUGCUAGUGAUGUGCACAGAAAUUUUCACACUCAUAUUCACUGAAGGUGCAUUUUGACUUGUAAAUUAUUUCUUGAGGAUAUCGACAAAUCAGUGAAAACUUCCUUUAGUGCGUCAAGGAGUACCAUUUUCACUUAGUUCAGUCAUAGCCAUUUUCUCUCAACUUUAAAUUAAUGCAGGUUUUACACAUUGACAAAAUUUAGGGCUUAAGAGAUGGGAAAAUGUCGCUCCUUUUUAUUUGUUUAGAGGCAGCUCUUUUUAUUUUUGAUCGUAUUUUGGCGAUUUUUUUUAUUGUAAUUUUUUUAUUUUUGAAUUUCAGUUCUCAGUGAUGAUCACUGAACUUAAAAAAGAAAAUGUUGAGAUCUAACUCCUCUAGAAUAAGUGAUCUAUACCUAUAAUCUGUUAACAUUUACUUCUUUUGCAUCUAAAUUGCUACAUUUCAAAUUGCACACACUUCUUUCGGCAGUGCACUUUUUACACAUAAGCCCAAAUACCCUUUUCUACCACACCUGUGGGUGGUGUUUGGGUUAUGAUGAGCUACGACUGUGCUUAGCAUGUCGCUGUGUACAUUUGUGAUUGAGCGCUUAAUGUUUCUCCCUGUCUGGCUUAUUAAUCAUUGAUAGCCAUUUAUCAUGAACAACAUUUACGUUCAAAGCUGUUCAUUUUUGAUGUUUUUGUUUCAUGGUUUUUUUUUUUUUGUUUGUUUUUCAUGUUAAGAACUUACCUGACAUGAGGGGCUGAUGUUGCUGUAAGACGAAUGGUUUAGCAGCGCUUUACGAUAUCAGAGUGGCUCUGAGGCUUGUUUAAGAAAGGUUGUAAAAUAUAUGUUUUUCCUUUUUCAUGUAAUUGUUUAUUUCUUAGCUUUCUCAGAAGCGGGAUUAGAGAUGGACCCGCAUCAGAGAACGGACGUAAGGUUGUCUCACAUCGAGAACAAAGUUGUAGUGUACAGAAACUAAGCUGAUGCCGCAAAGGUUUGUGGCAUUUCUUUAUGUUGUUUGGUUUUACCAUGUGCUUUUUUUUUCUUUUGUUGAUGGGAGUGUCUUGGUAAGUCUCCAGUAGCAGUUGCACUCUCUCUCUCUCUCUCUCUCUCUCUCUCUCUCUGUCUCUGCAUCAGUUCUGUGUACAUAUCCCGUUCUUUAACAACUGUACAUAUGUGAAAGUGAAGAGAGAAAAUACCCAAGCAAAAUCUAUAUUUUCUGCAGUCUGAUAUUGUUUUCUUUGAUUGUAGCUUGAAAAAUAAAAGUCUUUGGGAACAAA